AUGUUUGGGCUUCGAAACUUCUCCUGCGUAGUCGUCUCAUGCAACGACCGUUUUUUGGCGAGGUGCAAACUUGCAUCCUCAUUGAUUCAUUUUUAGCCAAGCACUUUCGUUCAGCCCUGCGUAUUCAAACUCUGAACAUUGCUGUAGGGUUUCUAUGUGGGGAACUCACCCGUGUAAGUCCUUUGCUCAGUAAUUUAUAACGGUUUGCGUGUGAAGUUAACGCCCAGAUGGACAUCAUUAAGGGUGCACCUCGGUAAUAAAACGCUGGCACAAUAGAGAGUGCGCGCACCCAGCGACUCUGCGCUUCCGAGAAAAACAAAUCUCUAGUUUUGUCUCCUGGUACUGCCAGUUCACUAUCAAAACUUUCCUUAGAGACUCACGACAGCCAUUCUCGUGAAUGAGGCGGGUUUGUGGUCAAACUGAAGAAUCAGCCUCUACACGCCAACACGAACAUCAAUAGGCGCUGAAGAGGCGGGAUCACUUAUCCAAAGUCGCCGCUCGUGCUCUAGAAACCGGGCACUAGUUUGUUUGGGAUAAGAUGCGCAUUGUUAGUUCCUGCCCAAAUAGGAAAAGCCGAGAACUUCUGGAGGAUCUGAGUGCUUGGCUUUGUAGUGGCAUGAAAAAGCACUGGUAAGAUCUUAUUUCGUAGCCGCACCUGUUAGGGGUUGGUGUUAGAGGUUAGUGUUAGGGGUUGUAUUUAGGAUUAGGGCCUAGGGUUAGGGUUAUGAGUUAGGGGUUAGGGCUAGGGGUUAGUGUUAGGGGCUAGAGUUAGGGUUAGGUGUCAGGUUCGGGGGUUAGGUCUUGGAGUUUGGGGUUAGUGUUAAGCCCCCUAUUAUCGCCGGUCCUGUGUGACAGGCGGUUGGGGCUUGCCUAGUGCAGGUGCGGCUACGAAAUAAGAUCCGACCAAAGCGUUUUGUUUUAUUGCGCCAAAAAUACGACCUGUAAAGGACUUUGACACAACUUUCCAUAGCCGUUUGUCGAGAGGCUGCAUUCCCGUGGUUAAUUCUUUUCUUAUAAUUCUACUCGCGUACACACCCGUGUAUAUUUAUCCUGUAAGACCAAAUACAGACCAGUUUAUUUAUUACAUUGGUGUCUCCUUAUUGUUCAUAGCGCCUUCUGUUUCAUUUCUGUGCAUAUUUAUUUCCAUUCUGAUUUAUCCCCUAGUCGCUGCAUUUUAAAACUCCCUUUGUCCACUCCCUAUCAUAGUUUGCUUUCGGAAAUUCCAUCUAUGACCCGGUCUUCACAGUUUGGCCAGCCUUCUAAACAUUCUGUCAUGCAUUAUAUUUCGACUAUAGGACCACUCGUUUUUAACUGUUCUCGCCGUCUAACGCCUGACACGUUGGCUUUUGCCAAGGCUGAGUUUAGACCUAUGAUAGAGUUUGGCAUAGUAUGGCCCGCCACUCGUCCAUACGCUACCCCUCCAUAUGUGGUUUGCGAAAAGUCCCUCAAGGACUGGCUCCCACUCGGUGAUUUCCGAUGACUAAACAACUACACUGUCCCUGGCAGAUAUCCACUUCCCCAUCUCCAAACCUAGCCGGUACGGCAAUAUUUUCCAGCAUUGACCUGGUAAAAGCCUUCCACCAAAUCCCCAUUGUUCCCCCAUCCCAAAACCGGAGAUUACGACUCCAUUCAGUCUUUUCAAGUUCAUCGGCAUGUCUUUUGGAUUCCGUAAUUCCGCCCAAACUUUUCAAUGUUUCAUAACCGAAGUCCUCCGCGACUUACCUUUCGUUUUUGUUUAUGUCGGUGAUCUUCUAGUCGCAAGCUCCAGUGAAAAUCAUCACAAGCAACGUCUAUGUCCUGAGCGACUGAACCAGUUUGGCAUUAACAUCAACGCCUCCAAGUGCAUUUUUGGCGUUCACUCGCUCAUAUUCCUAGGGCAUCGCAUAGAUGCUUUGGGUUGUCAUAGACGUCAUAAUUUCAGCUAUUCGCGAGUUCACUGCGACAACCGCGCCGUUUCAUAGGUUUUGCCAAAUGUUACGGACGUUUCACCCCUCACUGCAUCAGUCCGUGUUACCUCUCACGGAUCUUUUACGGGACAACAACCACGAAUUUUCAUUCCUGACUCCACCAUGGACGGCCUCCAACGUGUCAAAGAGACCCUUGAAGAUACAGCUGCUCUUUCUCGCUUGCUGACGCCUCCAAUUACGCCAUGGAUGCAGCCCUCCAGAAGCAUACCCAAACGUACACUCAACCCCUCUCCUUCUAAUCUACCUCCCUAAACUCGUUAUAGCACUUUUGGUAGCGAAAUCCUUGCCAUUUAUCUCGAUAUUAAGAAUUUUCGUAACUUUAUCGAAGGCAGGGAUUUUUGUGCUUACGCUAACCAUAACCAGCUUACUCAUGUCUUCUCCACUCCCGCUGACAAGUAUUCACACUGUGAGGCCCGCCAUCUUGAUUUUAUCUCUCAAUAUACCACGGAUAUUCGGCUUCAUAAAGGACCCUCUAAUCAGGUCGCCGACUGUUUAUCUCAACCUGGAAUUAAUGCCAUUACCCGACCCUCCAUCGACUUGGAGCGCACGGCUGAGCUGCAGCAGCAGCUGAAUGUUUCGGAGCAAAUGGAGCACAGUAGCCUUCAGAUUAAAACCAUCCCUCUCUUCACCACCUCCAGCACAAUCUUGUGCGGCGUGUCUCGCGGCUUCUCUCGGUCUGUAGUACCAUGCAACAUGCGACGAGAUGUUUUCACCGAGUUACACAAUCUCUACCCUCCUGGCAUCCGGACUGCUCACUGCCUCGUCAGCGACCAUUUCGUCCGGCCCAGAAUUAACACCGACGAUUUAAGAUCCCCUAACGACGGUCUUUUGGUUAAGUAUGCUGAUGAUGUGGUUGUUGGACACCCUCUCAAAGGUCAGACACACCUCCAGUCUCUAAAGGAUUGCCUAAACCAUGUCCUAGUAUGGUCGGAGGAAAAUGGUCUCCUAAUGAACGGCCAAAAAUGAGUUCAGUGUAUUUUCCCACUGCGGCCCUCUCCUAGUCCUGAAUCCUAUGACAUCCUUCUUAACGAGGCAUCCUCUUUCAUGUACCUUGGCGUUACUUCGUCAUCAUCUUUUUUCAUUUGCCCUCCAUAGUGAGUCCCUUUUUACUAAAGUUCAUAAACUCCUUUAUUACAUUCCUCGUUUACGUCCCUACCACACACCUCAAUCCUUAGUCUACCGAUUUAUAGACGCAUGCAUUCUUCCUCUUAUCCUAUACUGCUCUCCUGUCAUUUUUCUCGCUUUGCUCAAAAAAGAUCAUUGAAUUUUGAAACGAGUCCUCCGCAUGCUCUCUUCUGCUGCUGGUGUUUCUUAUCUUUUUUAGUCGAUACUAUCAUACAACAUGUCAGUGCGGUCAAGAAAUUUGCUGGUCGGAUUAUACAUGACGUUGCCCAUCCCUUGCAUUCUGAUCUAAUUUCUGCGAAGUCUUCCCGCCCGAUGAGCCGCAGCUCUCGACUUAUAUCUAGUCGCACAUCGACUUUUCGAGCUUCUGUGUCGCCAUUCCUGGCGCGCUACCUUACGUGCGAAGCGACAGAAGUGCAGAAGCUAAGACUUACAUUGUCCUCAUGAUAAUCGUUCCUUUUGUGUUAAACAUUUUUGACUCUUGAAGAAUUUAUUAACUUAUUUACCGCCCAUAGUGAAUGGGGUCAAUUUUUUUGCUGACAAUUUUGAUUUUAUGAUUUCGAAAUAAAGCGAAUUUCUCUCUCUCUCUCUCUCUCUCUCUCUCUCUCUCUCUCUCUCUCUCUCUCUCCCUUUCUCUCUCUCUCUCGAUCGUGGGCUCGAUUGUGUUUGGCCUACCAGAAAGCCAAAAUCGGACACAGAGCACGUUUUGUAAAUGUGCACGUAGACCUCAUGGGUACUUUGGCAAAUCCCGUGGUUGCAACUACUUUCUCAAUGCUACUCCGAUUCCAAACAUCGCUGCAGAUAAUGUCGCUCGUUCCUUUUUGGAACACUGGGUUUUUCUGCUCUGGUGUCCCCACAAAUAUCACCACCGACCGAGGCCAGCAAUUCGAAUCUAGACUUUUUCAUGGCCUUGCUGACCUUCCCAGAUGUUCUCGCAUACUCAGGACAGCUUACCCUCCCUUACCAAACGGUCUAGUUGAGCAUUUCCACUGUCAACUCAAAACCCCUCUCGGGGCUCAGGAGUGAGCACCUCCCCUUUAGUUAUGGUCGGUAUCAGCACUGCCCUAAAACCCAACUUGGAGAGCUCCACUGCCGAACUUGUUUACGGGACUACCCUUCGGAUUCCCGGAGAUUUUUUCUGGCCAUCCCAAAGCUCGGUCAAUCUGGAUGCUACCGAUUAGGUCCAACGGUUGCGCCAAGCAAUGACUAGUCUCCGGCCUCUACCUAAACGAGUUCCAGCAAGUAAGUCAUAAAUUGACCCUAGUUUGCGAUUAUGUUUCUUUGUAUUUUCCGCGUAGAUAGUGUUCGUAAACCACUACAACAGCCUAACGACGGACUCUGUCGAGUCCUGUCGCGUACGGACAAGCAUUCCGCUGUGAUCACACCGAAUUGACAACAAUCGAUCGGUUGAAGGUGACUUAUAACGACCCUCUUUCGCCAGCCCCGAAAAAUCAGACUUAUUCACCUGUUUCGGUGCUGUCUCCGAUUUCCCCGCCUCCGCUUACGCCUGAUAACCCCCUUACUUAUAUUUGUACUUACUUUUACUUGAUACGACUGCGAUCAUGCCUGAUCUAACCGGCCUCUAUGAUGUCCCGAACUGUACCUCUCCACGCGUGACUAUCCGCGGCAGCAGAUCCGGACAGCUCAACCCAUUACCUUCGCCAACGACGGCGACCGAAUACCGAAGCUCCAAGAACCACCUCCAUGUCUUGACGAACUGUGUCGAGCCAGAUUUCAGUUGACCCUCUCUCAGGCGCCUCCAAUAGGGUAACGGUGCCGGAUCGAGGGCAGUAACACUGGGCUCCUGAGGUGGACGACGAAGAACAAACCCGAACCACUUCAGUCAUCCUUCUUGAAUGGUCUGGGUUAUCCUUGCGAUGUUGUCGCAGCGAGCGCGGACUGUCUCAUUUGAGACGAAGUUGGUGUACUUCACUCGAAGGAUGGAGGAUUAUUGAUUCUGGAGCACGCUUGCUGGCGGGCAGAAUGGGAUCGCGCAAGAUCAUAACCACAACAGUGAGGGUCACACGCUUACUCACUUCAUAAGACCUCUUAUGUACUGAUGAUCGGUAACGACCGUGAGACAGCUGCCUGCGUCUGGCCCGUUUCACUCUUAGUGAGCUGCUUACGCAUUAUAUGUGAUAUCUAUCCUAUGGGGCCUCAAGGUUUACGAGUGUCUGCUAUGUCUUUAUCCAGCAAACUGGCGUGCUCUUGUAUCUGGUUUCCUGCCGAUAGAUGCGCUUGCGCUCCCGCUGGGUAAACAGGUAGUCAUCCUCCUAUUUCUGACCCAUUGUUGGUAGAAAUCUUGGUCAAGUGUUUUUGUGGACCAGGGGGGUGUGGUAGUACACCCAGGCACGGGUCCAACCGUGCCAGCCACCUGCUCCCUCCCACGCCUUCGGUCUUCUGGACCAUAUUUUGACACCGAACUCAGGUAGGGAGAAGGAAAGAAUGCGGUGGAUACCGUGCAAGUCUGCUCUCACUACAAACUACUUCGCGAGCUAGUCACCAUACCUGCUUCACCUUGCUCUGAAGCACUCUGUGGACAUCAUCGGGCACGGCAGUCGAACUGUCAUGCGUCUUAUGGCAAGACGUUCGUUGUCGCAGGUAGCAAGCUGACAACGAACAGAAUGGGGUCAAGCAAGUUGUCAAUCACAACAGUGGGCUUCACACGCUUACUUGGCACACAUAUAUAUAUCAAAUUAGAAAUAGUCGUACACCGAUCUAUUGGCUUCACGAAGCAAACAAGUUCCGUAUGGGUGGCAAAGGUCAGGAACAGGCAACCAAUUACCCGGCCGAAGUCGGCCAAGUCAUAAUAGCAGCGAGGAAGGACGACAGAGAAUGCGGGUAGAUUGAUACAGUACUGUUUCGGGCUUAUUCUGCCUUCAUUCAGCCAAUCAUAACCCUGACCACCAGCAGCUGGGACCAGAUACACAAACACGCGCACAGACGCACCUGGCGCAGUCGGUCCACCACUGAGGUCUACCAGAUGGGUCAUAAGCACUUCAUCGAACCGAAGUUCAUCAGUGCCUCGUCACCUGCUAUUCUCUGUCGCUGCAGAUCGGGUAUUUAUUCAAUCGGGAAUGGGCGCACACCGAUCUAUUGGCUUCACGAAGCAAACAAGCUCCGUAUGGGUGGCAAAGGUCACGAACAGGCAACCAAUUACCAGGCCGAAGUCGGCCAAGUCAUAAUAGCAGCAAGGAGGGACGACAGAGUCUGCGGGAGGGAGAAGAUUAAUGCAGAACUGUUUCGGGCCUUUUUGCUUUCAUUAAAGCAAUCAGCCCAUAUUUCAUAAGAUCCUGGAGUCCUGUGCCGAGCAUUUCAGUGACGUUCGAGGAACCCACCGGCAAAAAUUAUUACCAUGCAGAUCAAUACUCAGCAGUUGUCUGCCAAUCAGGGCGGGACUUACAGAGUUGUCGUCAUGGCUACGUUCAAGAGGGGUUUUAGACGUGGUCGGGAGGUAAAAGUCACGAAAACUAAUCCACAAUCACUUUUAAGGACAUCCGAAAAAAAUGUUUAGGAACUUGGGAGCAGACGGUCUAGAAAUAACGAACAUGAUCAAAAACUCUGUUGUGUGGACGGCAAAUGAGCACAACGAAAACACCCACGGCGAGGAAUGGCAAAAUGUCGUCAAAACGGGAGCAGCUACGUGAGAAACCAGCCCUCACCAGAACAGGCCAAGGCGAAGCGUCGGCGUCGCCGACCACGCCGUGCUAGAAGUGUCCUUACGCUAAAUGCGCAUUCAAGGACCGCAUUGAGCCCCAUGAAAGCCCUCAGAUCUACCGCAAUGUCAAGACGACCAACGUACAGUAGGUGGGGCUAACUCAUGAAAUAUCAACCGAAAUUCCGAAACGCGUUUUCGUUUCGAAAAGAUUGAUUAAAUAGGGUUGUAAAGCUAGUCAGCCUACAACAUAAUUCUAUAAUAUUUCAGUUAUCUCAGGAUGCCGGUUUUCGAAUGAACUUCCUUCUAGCUGCAUUCAAAAACUACACUCUGUAAAAAAUGACUAUAUAAGAGGCAGGCAUUUUUUUCAUUGAUUUUCGAUGCCCCUGAAAGUCCAAUUAUAUUUCAUGGAAAACAUAAAUAAAAAUAUUCAUUCCUUCGCUCAUCCAAUAGAAAAUUACAUUUUCUUUCGAUUUUAUACUCGAAGGAGGAACAUAAUUCGGUUUUUAAAAAGUUUCUGAUUGUGGGACUUUUAAAUAUCGUGAAAUGGCCGUUCAUAAAUCGUCUCGUCUCUGCAUUUACCAAUGUGGCUUGUAAAUUUAACAAUAUGGAUCACUACUAAACUUUAUGAACCCUAUAUGGUCCCCCUUUAUUACCGUAGAGAAAUGUGUGGUUUUCCGUACGCGGAAAAUAUGCGUCUUGUAGUUUGCAAACUCUGAAUGCAAGUGUAACGGCAAAGCGGGUUCAAGAGUAUUCAGGAAUUGGAAAAGUUUUUUAAAAUCGAAUAUUACCCUUCCUUCGAGUAUAAGAUUGGAAGAAGACGUGAUUUUCUACCGAAUGAACGGAGGGCGGCUGUGAUCCCAAAUGAUCCCGAGUGUCAUAAAGGCCACGUUAAGAGGGAUUCAUCGCAGUCUGGUUUUCAGUCCACCAGUCGGCGCUCCAUACGAACACAUACUGGACUGACUGGGAGAUCUGAUUUAAAUAGCCAGCUGGCAGUUAUCCAGAUCACGGCUUUUAGUUCACCGUGAUAGUCUCGAGCGCGUCAGAUUGUUUAUGGGGGAAUUAUGCGCUGCGGGAAAUGAGAGAGAGAGUUCUCCGAUAUGCGAAGUGUUCAGGACGUGUCGAAACUUCGGUGAAUUGCGCUGUCAUGGAUACGCGUGUAGCCGAAUGGAUGCAUGCGGUGAGUGAAUGUUCGUGGACGGCACUGCCGCCGCCACUACCACAAUACCAUAUGCCAUUCCCGACUCAUUCCUGUCCGCCAUCGUCAUCUCCAUCCUGGCAGAAGUACUGCAGGGCGACAAAGCACACAGUGCCCAUCUGUCGCCAUUGCAUUCGUACAGUUUUUGUCUCGCUUCGGGUAGACCGGACACCUGCGAAUCCAUCGCAGCGGGGUUGGAUAGCCAGUGCUUAAGUUCAGCUGUCGUGCCAACGAUGUCCACCGUGUACUCUACAACAGGGUGAAUCAGGCACGGUGACUCGCGCGCAAAUUAGUCUACAGCUAGGGUAGAUUUGCGCAGCAUCUACCACACUCUCUUGUCUUCCCCUGGGCCCGGCGUCAAGACAUAGUCAAGAAGACAGGGGGUGAGAGAGGACACAACCAACCCGAACAGUUCCGAGAGCCCUAAAAAAACAUUUGCUAUGCUUACUUUCCCUACCUGCACCGUAUCAGGACAUUCCAGAAUCGCACUGAUCUAGUUGUCUAUAUGCGUGUACAAGAAAAUGAACACUAAAAGGAGCAUACUUCUGGUUCACUGACACCCACAUGCAGACAAUGUAUGAUCAAUUUAGGUUGUUUGCACAUACGACUCGUUCAUGAAACAAUCAUACGAAAAGGUGAGUUAGCUUCGUGGGGCCAAUAAAGCAUCACUUGUGGUCCUGUGUGUCGUCUAUUCUCGUGAACUCGCCGUGUCUAUCACGUGACUGACUAAGGCUCACGCCAUAUCGUUUGCUGGGCCCAAUCUCCGCAGUACUAUAUUGAAAACACGAGGUAAAGUACCUCACUGAACAUAUAUCAGAAGACAAAGUGGCGAGCGAACGUUGCUUUCGAUAACUUCUCGUUAGGCCAGUACAGUUAUAUGGGACGGGAUACAGUGAGUGAAAAAAUCGAUAAAAGUUAGUUUUUAAAAUACAGACUAGGCAAGAGCAUAAGGGCGCAGAAAGUUGUAUGUGCUUAGUCAACCUUUGACCACGGUAAGCGCGGAGCCUGAAUGAGGUUCUUCUGGGCGCAUAGGGUCGGUUUUCGUAACCUGAGGGCGGUCGCUUCUGCUGUUGCUAACAGGCGCUGGCCCAGUAGCUUAGGGUAGCUCAAGGGGACCUUAUAAAUCACACGAAAUGCUUCAGCGGGGUCCACACGAUGCCCUGAUCCACUGCAUGCGCAAGGAUGGCGCUGUCUAUUCUCCUAGUUUCACCUUCUGCCAGCCAUAUGGGAAGAUGCUCCCGUAUUCUUUUGGAUAGGCGCCGACCCGUAGGACCAAUAUCACCUGCUCCACAGGAGCAAGUGAAUGAGUAGAUACACACCGAGGCGGUCUGAGGUGGCAGCCUAUUCUUGCCUUCUGCGCGUAAAAUAGAAUUAGUAGAGAAUGAUAUGCAAACCCUUGCGGUUUUAGAAGGCUCCACACAGAAGGUCACGUAAGUGACCAUGACUUCGAACACCUCCGGCCAGUCGGCACACGCAUUCCUCGAUGAUAUGGUUUACUUAAGAUUCAUGAGGAAGGCCUAUCGGUUCGUCCGAUUUUAGAUAUGCGGAACUGUCCGAACCAUGUGAUAGCUAAGUGGUUAGCAGAGAAACUCAAGCCCAUAUAACAUCAGCCGGCACCACGCAGCUACCGAGAUACCUUUCAAUUCAUUGAUAACAUUACAGUCCUCAAAGUUACCGGCAUGGUGAUGUUCUCUCUAGACGCCCUGAUCCACUGCAAGCGCAAGGAUGGCGCUCAUAUAUAAGAAGCUGUCAAACGCAGGGAUGAGAGUCGCAUGCAAAAGGCGAAAAGAAUGAACCCAGCUCAAUUCUGCAUGGAGAGCUGAAUGUCAAGCAGUGAAAUUAGGAGGACAUCUUCAGCAAAUAGAUCGAAGAAGUGUAACCCUUCUGUAGGUGUUUUACCUGCAGCUUUUCUGAAUUUUGUCUAAUAAAUACAUUUCUAAUCAGUCGUUUCGGUGUGACCCCGUGCGAAUACGCUAGAAUUUCAAAGGCUCCCAGAAAACUGGAUAUCCGUCGUGGCAGUUUGAUCUCCUGAUUUCAUUUCCAAGCUGUUCACAAAAUUGGAAAGAAAACUGACGCUUUCCCUUUCUACUUUGGAGGCCUACGGUAUGGUAUGGUAGGAAGAACUCUCAUGUCUCACCGACAAGUUGUAAUUUUCGCAUCAGAGCGGGUCUGUAUGAUAUUAAGAAAAUGGGUUGAUUUCUGCUUCAGGGUCUUAUUGGACUCAUUUUUGAGCAGAAUGAUCGAAUUUCAGACAACGCAAAAUGUAUGAUGGUCAUUUGAUUUUCCCUGCUCCAAUAUGAUCCUUUGGCAAAUACUUGAUCGACACAGGCCUGACAACUAGGCGGUCAAGACUCCCUGACUCAAACAUUGUUCAUUACGCGCGUCGCUAGGGGAAAACACUUAAGAACUAGUGAGGGAGGUACUAUCGAGUGGGUCCGUCUGACGGGGAAUCGUAACUGAGACGACCACGUUUGUGGUAGACUGCGGCGCCAGCGUCUUAACUCAGUCAAAACUGACCUUAUAUACAAAUGGCAGUCCAGAUAUACUCCUGAGCGAAUUCGUGCAAACAGUUUUCUUCAAAAGCGCUAUUUUUCACGCACCAAUAUUCUGAGCCUAGAGCUCCCAUAUUCACAGGUCACACGUUAAGUCGUAACCAGUGGUUUCCUUCAACCUAAUAUUUUGGUUACCAUAAGUAGCCUGGCUUUGUGCCAAGGCGAGCACGUGCCAAAGAACAAAAUGAAUUCUCUUUCUCUCUCCUCUGGCACACACAGACGGAAGCUCAGCAGCGAAUGCAGCACAGGCAGCGGGGGGAGGGAGAAGGAUUCCUGGGUCUCAUUGCAAACAAUACAGGCAGCACGAGAGAGCAUAUCACAGAAAACAGAAAUUACUUGCAUUCCUCGUCGAGAAUGAUGGCGAACACACACACAUAUAAACGGUGGUCUGUUGAUUGUAGGCUCGAGGAAGACAGACACUGCCUGGGUAGAUAGUGAUCCCUGUGUGAGGUAGAUCAUAUAGGAGGAAUAUGGCGCUGGGCUGGUCGCACGCCCUCGCUUCUCGGUCUCCCGGUAUUCCAGUGGUGUACGAUUGGAGACUAACUCAAGUACGUCACCCCACAUGCGCCACACACGCAUACGGCCGAGGAUAGUUCGACCGUCGCACGCAACGACGUCCACGACUGCUGCAUGAAUUGGGCGUAGCACCAGUAGAUUGGGUGCGAAUAAGUUUAUGGCAAGGUGGACUUGUGUGGCACCUACCGCACUAUCUCCUUCCCCUACUCAAGUUGCCCUGAUGACAAGAUAAUGCCAAGGCGACGGGAGGUGGGUACGGGCGUAGGCGAUUGCAAAUCUAGAUAGUCCGCUUACGCAUUCCACACACGUGACCUGGCGACCGCUUCAGAAGUGCCAGUCCACCGUGAGAUCGGCUAGGACCUGACAGAGGUGAGAAAGCAAUACGUGUCACAUCCGCCCUUUGGCCCCACAUAUCCCUUUGACCGGAAUCCACUUUUUUGGUGGUAGCGACUGUUGUGAUCCAAGCGGGGUGAAUGUGUGGUCUGAGCGCUACUAUAAUCAAAGCAAAUCCUAUGUUGAAGAGAGAAGACAGAAGGAACCAGAAUGUGGGGUUUAAUGCAUACAAAACCCAAGGUUGUCCGCUCAGGCGGCAGUUGUCACUGGCGAAACCAGGGCUAGUGUUGACUGCGUCCAUACAAGCCUGAGGAUCUCUGAGAUAGCGGUGACAGCCGCUUUUUUUGGCUCGUGGGCCAAGAUCAAGUGGUGGCCAGUCAGUGUGUGUUGCAUUUGCUGAGGGGGUGGGGUUGUCCCAGUGGCUUAGGUUGCGGUUGUAGGGGGGGAGGUGCGUUAAAGUGGCCACAUGGGCAGCUGUGGCUGUGCGGACGCGGGUACGCCCGCGUUGUCGGCCGUGCGACUUCAGGUCAGCGUGUCUGGAACAGGUCACUACAAAAGGGUGGAUGACCUUGAGGCAGCGAGGCCUUGAACAAUGACGCCAGACCGGUCAUGAUGGCUGCUCGCUACAGGACAGUGGCAGUAAUAGCUGACAGGUACCGGAGUGUUCUCACUGGUGAUGGUGAUCGUUGUGGUUGUAACGAUCAUCGUAAUAUUAGGGGGGGGGGGUGGGAGUUGUUGAGGUGAUAUCAUCUUGGGUCUGGAGAUGUCUGACGAGGCCGAUCCGUGCGCGUAGUGUCUGUUGGCGGCACGUUCAAAGAGUCUUCGAUAUCCGCUGUCGAAUACUUGAUCUCCGGUUUUGGUGGUUAAAGAAACGCGUAAUCCUAUGUAGUACAAGGGUGUAACGCGCCAGCAUGCACUGAUGGAGACGCGCCAUCGUGUGCACACUGUACAGGCCACAUAACCACAGCGCACCCUCCGAUUUGCACAAUUACGCUUAUUUUCUCCUUAAGCUGACGCACUAUGUCCGGCCAGUUCGACCCAUGCUCUUCGUUCCACGUCUGAUGCGGAGCUGUCGCCGACAAUCAAAACUGCGUAACGCAACUUCGUUCAGCGCGUCACUGCGUUAAGGUUUUUCCGGCAACUUAAAUCAUACUCAGACUCUAGCCACCACGGCCUCGAAGCCCGGUCCCGAAUGGAAAGAGAGGAAGGGUUGUACACCAGUACUUUAUUCUGUACUGAAUGGAGUGGUGAAUAGAUUGGAGCAGGUUGGCAGCCGAACAAAUGCACACGUCCGGCGGCGCCAGGAGAGCAGUCGUCAAAACGCCCUGAGCGAGAGCAUGUCUGCAUCGGCCGUGAGGUUUAUUGGUCGGUUUGGGUAGCUGUGAUUGGCCAAAAACCAGACUGCCACUGGUACAUGCGUACAAGUACGCUCGAGAGACGCAGUGUUGCCGCUGGAGCCUCCACAGAUGAUGCCUUCUCAACUCGGAGUCCGGGGAAAAAACGGACGGAGUUUGAGGCGGAACGUACCAACGGUAGUGUAAUCGGCAGCAUGGCCGGCUGUGGUUGACAGGAAAGAGCCAGGAUAACAGGGACGACUGGAGAAAGCUAACGGUUGAUUGGUUCAGUUGAACGUCGACGGCAGAUUCGUACGCGGUGACGGUGUUUUUAGGUUAGAGAGAGGAGAUACCGUUGGUCAUAGAAGAGGUAAGAUAUCGAAUGUUGAGAAGGGCGUCUGGGUGAUGGCACUGAUGGAAAGACUGUUCUGUUGGAUUGGGUCAGAACCAUGACCAGGGCCCGAUGGACCGAGAUUGUCUGAUGACAUCCACCUCGUUUCAAAACGGGAUGUCGAAAAGUGCAUUCUUCCUAUCGUGGUCACAUUAAGCAGAACAGGAAAAUUUUGGGAUGAAAUAUAGAGGAGAAAUCCGUGAUGACCGGGUUCAUGCUCUUCUGGCAGUUGUUAUUAGAGCACGUCGGGGUCACCAAUUUAGAACGCUAACCAGCCUAUAUUGGGCGAUUGAUGUCCAAAGGUUAUAAAGCCAGUCAAAUGUGAAGAUGACAACUAGCCACGAGGAGGCAGCCUGUGCUCUAUUUGAUUCGUAGCUGUGCCUAGGUUCAUCGGCGUUUUUAGCCCACUAAAACAAGAAAAUUACCUGUCACCACAAGGUCAUACCACUCCGGUGCGAACUCCCCAGACGUGAAACACGUUAUGUCUGAAUUUAUUGUCGAGAUAUACCUGUUCAGACUGUCAUAACGAUCCAUCAGUCACGUUUCGCGGCGCAUGCAGGGGGAGAGCGUUCACCUAUCCGGCUAGGAGACAUGCAGGUCUCUUUGAGGCGUCGAUUCAAACAAGAGCCUUUAUGGGCAGUCGCAUAGCGACCAGUACCGACAAAGACGGCGGAGACUAGCACAGCCGUCAUUGGUCAGCCACACCCAAACCCAGGUCUGCAUAACCUUGGAAUCAGUGCGCUCUGUAACGAGCAUGUCUCCUAACCAGGUCGGCAAACGUCCUUUCAAAAAUGAUAAAUAUUCCCGAUGGCAGCAAACAAGACAAUGAGCCCGUAGAACACUGGACCAGUAACGGUGAAUAUCAGGUCAUCCAGACUUGGGAUUGAGUAUUACUGGCUAAUAACGGGAAAUAAACCAUAAAUGAUCAUCCUAGUCUUCCUUGUUUUGUCAGUAUUCCGCUAGGAAGUGGGAGCAGUGGAACAUCGAGAAUGCUGAUAGCUUAGGCGCAGCAAGCGUCUGGGUUCACCAGUGCCGGUUAAGAUCGGCACAGCCGGGACUUGCAAUCAGUCAGCCAUGUUCAAACCCAGAUCUGGAUAAGUUGAAAGUCGGAACGCAUCGAGGCGAGCAUGUCCCCGGACGUACUUUCAAGCCUGAUUAGUGUUCCAGACAAGACACUGAGCGCGCGACUCUACGGUUGGACGCUGGACUAUUUAACGAUCAAUGACCAAAGAAUCCAUGUUGGAAUAUUAGGUCAUACAGAGUUAGGACUGAGUAUGCCGACUGAUGAAGGUCAGUAUGUCAGAAACCACCACCUCGGUUCCCCCUGAUUUUUUCGGCAUCCCCUACUACAACUAUGCGGGGAGCGCACAUGUGAACACUUGUCCCAACACCAGGAUCGGUGCGUCAGAUGGCCGAGCGAUCAUCACACCAACAUUCAACGCACGUGAUGAAAUUGCAGCAAUUAACGACGCGAAUGUCGUCCAUCAAACAGUCAGCACACCAAGUACAACGAUCCUUGAUGAGGGGGGGGGGAGCCGUGAAUGGUCAUAGGUAUGCGGCAGCAUCGCGACGGAAUUCUAUAAAUAUUGCAGCCCCUUCUGCGUGAAUCACCCGUAUCAGCUUUUUCGUCUCUGAUGAUGGAUUCGGGCAGGAAUCCGAAACGUCGGGCUAAUAAAGCUCUUGUCCCAGCGAUCGCGUCUCCUUCGUCAAAACUGCUUCCUGGGACUCAUCUCUUCGCUUCGUUUGGAAAUUCCUCACUACAUUACUAUUUCUUUCGAAAGGACAAAAACAGUAAAAAAUGGAGAAAGCCGAUAACUCAACCGUAGCAAGUGCCAAGGAUUACCAGUGCCAAUUUAGAUCGGCACAGUCGGAAAUUAAGCGUGAAUUCUUCACACCAAAAAGCAGGUUUGCAACCUGCUUCACAAAUCGGAGAAGGACCCUGAUCUCAUGCGAGUGUGGUGGUCUCAAGAGCAACGCGAAAAGGAAGCAAUUGCAGCCUGAUAGCCAGUCCUGAUUAUAAGUAGUAGAUAGCUUCCGUUGGCAGUCAUGCACAGAGCGACUGCUAAUGCGCCAUGGGAGGAUCGAAACCCCUUUGGUUGGGUAUAGUGAGGCGCCAAUCGCUGAACACAAGCUUGAUCGACUGCACAUUCCCUUUUUCCUAUACUACACACCUGCCACUUAUCGGCUGAUGGCAUGACAUAAGGCAGCUCCUACUGCGGUGUCAGCGUCCGUAUACUGGUGCAGUGCACUUGUCAGCUUCCGAAACGUAGGCACUGGAUGUUUGCGCGUUCAUAUACGUCGUCCUACACGUCAUGGCGGCGUUGGCACAUCGCAUUGCGUGGCUAAUGCGCGAAUGACAUGUGCUGUCAUGUUGUGAUCGAGUGGGUGUACGUUUCACGGAAGUGUGCUUGUUUUUUGCAUGCCUAUCGGCGUAUAUACGCACAAGCUGGUUAAAGCCUAGGGGUGGUUGAAUGCCUGGGGACAGUGUGGACAGAGAAGGUGUGCAUGACUGGUGUUGUGUUGUGUGAGACCUAGGCACUGCUUGUGCAGUUGACCUGCAAUGUUCGGCGAGCCCGAAAAGUGUUGAUGGGUGGUAGUGUGAACGAAUUGGCCCAGUGUUUAAAUUGCUGGUAGUGGUCCCUUUGGUGUUGGUGCUGGUGGUGCUGGUGGUGGUGGUGGUGGUGGUGGCGGCGGCGGCGGCGGCGGUGGUGGCGGUGGUGGUGGUGGUGGCCAGAGAGCCUUACUCUCCGGAUUGAAAGAAACGAGUUUUCCCGCCAGCUGGUAG